UGAAGUCAGGGCUGAGUCUACCCCGCACACGCUGAACUUCCGUGUGUGUCACACCGUAAUGUGUUAAACCAUCACGGUGGUGAAGCCUGUCUGGGUGGAGCAGGUGAAGCUUGACGGGGUGGAGCAGCUCUGCCAACAACACAGCCAGCCGACGGGAAAAUGGAGCGAUAGAGCCAUGAAGCGUCGCCUCUCCGCCGGCUCUUCACCCGCCUGCGCGCCUCUCUAACCGACCCAGUCACCUUAGCAACGCCGGGGCGGAGGUCGGCCCGUAUGGCGGGUCUGUCCUAUCUGGUGCUCCGGUUCUCGGGCUCCGCUGGUCGGACUUACGGAGUGUUUUCUAAAGGCUUGACGAGGACUUUGUUGAUAUUUUUUGAUCUCGCAUGGCGACUGCGAAUCAGAUUCCCAUAUAUCUACCUCGUCGCCUCCAUGAUGUUUAAUGUCCGACUACAGGUCCACAUUGAAAUCCACUGAACCUCUGAUGCCUGUGUUUGGACAUAAAUGUGAGCACUGCCAUGUUUCAUCCCUCUUGAAAACAAACUGUCUGCUGCCGCCGCCGCCGCCGCCGCCACCACCGCUGCUGCUGCUGCACAGGCAUGUGGAGGAAGAGGAUGCUUCUGCAAACUGGUGUGAUGAUGCAACAAAGUGACAUGGCUAGUUGUUGAGGUCAGCCCUCGUCACAUGAGCCCAGUGCCUUUUGCAAGAGAGAGACAGAGGGGGGGGACUGACUGACUGACUGACUGGUCAGUCGGGGGGAAUGAUGUCUGCAAAAAUGAGCCGAGGGUGAAAACAUGCCUCGUUUUCACCCGUUUGUGUCGCGUCCUGAGAUUCAGGAGCCGCUCGCCGUGUCUAUGAAGAUUGAUGACACUGCCUUUUCUCUCUGGAUAUCGAGGCAUGAAAACAGAUGAUUGUUACUGUGGGACUUUGUAGCUACUCUUUAUCGUCUGACAUGUGUGCUCAGUGUAAACAUCUCACUUUAAUUUAAAAAAGUAAAUAUCUACAACGCAUGACACACACACACACACACAUGCAUGUUUAUUUUGUCCUCUGUGGAUCGGACACCUUAUUUAAGGUUCGGGUUAGCUGUGUAAGCGGUACAUAAAGAUAACGACACAGCCACUGUAAAUGUACGGUCUGUUAAUAUGUGCAGUCUCUACGGGAAUCAAUGCAUGUCUUCUUUGUGUUGGUAGACACAAGUCGUCACACUCAUUGUCGUGUUUCUGCAUCUCAGUGGCACUUUGGAAAAAUGUUACCUGCAAAUCUUUUUGUUUGUUUGUUUGUUUGUUUGUUUUUUCAGCUGCAUUUGUCACAGAUUUUUAUUUCUGUGAAAACAAUAUGUGUGUCGGGAGCUUUGAAAUCACAGGAUCGAAGAAGGAUGAUUGAAUCUGGGAAGUAAUAAAUGAAUGAAAUCACCA